AUAUUUAGGACACACCAACACAAUAAAAUCUUCAUGUUGAAUUAUACAGUUGAAUGAAAGUCCUCAUCAGAAACUUCCUGUUACAGCAAUACGAUCCGACCAGUGAAAGCAAUGGAGACCUAUAUGAUUUCAGCACUAGUUUUUCUUUACUUUUGUAAUUUGAUUUUUUCAUCAUCUGCCCAGGAGCCGUACAUGCAUACAGUGUGUGAGUACAUAACGUCGACUAGAUACUAUUAUUGUCCAUUACUGAACAAAUGUUGUUACCUCAAUGGUAAAUGGAAAUGCAUAGACCAAAUUGACAGCAUAAUCAAUGGCGAUUAUGGAAACCAACCGAGUUGUGAAAAUUAUAAAAGAAAACCGACGUCAAAAGGCCCUUCUAGUUCUAUAAAUAAGAGAACGGGAUAUACCAUAAACACUUAUUCAACGGAUGACUCUGAUGAGACGAUAAGUUCUGGAACUAUUGGUGCGAUUGUGAUCUUUUUGGUAUUUACCGUGCCCAGCUGUAUGUUUUGCUGCAUAUUCUACGUGAGGAAAGCAAAUGCCAAGAAACGAAAAAUCAUACGUAUCCAACAAUCGAGGACCGUGAGACCAAUUAGCGAACAAUCACAGUACCGUAUUAUGGGUUUGUACCAUGAUAAUGGGAAUUCAUCUACUAUUAUCACACAUCCUCAGACAGAGGGUAGAUGUCUAGAUGGUGGGGAAAGGCGUGACACUUCCACCUUAGAAAACGACAAUGGAUCUUAUUUACAUGACGAUACAACCUAUACUUCCACUGUUCAUCCACCAUCAUACGAAGAUAUUAUAAACCGAAAUGCAGCUGCCAUUGAUUCCGUUGAUCCAAGGACACACACAUCAGUUGACGUGGAAGGGCUUGCCAAUUCUACCAUAAACAACAGCUAUGUAACUAAUGUGUCAGACCAUACAGCAUCUGUACCCAAAGUCAAUCAGCAUACACCUAUGGUAUAAAGGAAUAAUGUGUGCAUGUACUUGCAAUGAUUUAUGUUUUAUUUUAAGUUUGCGUAUUUGUGUCCGAGUCAUUAAUUUUAAUACUAUUAACUUUCAAAUUAUUAAUUUUAUUUUUCUGAUUUUCUUUAAUGUUAUAAUCAUAUUAAUCAAAAUAUAAAUACUAACUAAACCAUUGUUAUAACGAUAAUUCUCUACAAAUAUGUGUAUACAUGUAAUAAAAUAGUUACACGCAAGUACUCAUUAACAAACAAAGCUUCUGAGGGUAAAUAUAUCGACUAAUCUAUAUUUGUAUUAUUUCAGAAAUAAACAUAAUGUUAUCAAAAAAAAGUUGGCAAAAUAGCAUAAAGCAUUCAAUGAUAAUAAUAGCAGUAACCAAUGAACAACACCCAAUAUCUGGUAUACGGUUGAAAGGCCAAACAAGUCUCUUUACAAUGCAACCUUUAUUUUUAUUAUCGUUCAAAUGCUUUUGUUGCCUUUCGGCGAGAGAUAUUUGCCACUCGACGUUAAAAAAAUCAAUCCUUUGAUCUAAAACGACCAAAGGAAGUGAUGAUUUGAUUGAUUGGAGUAUAAACAAUCUUUUUCUUGAUUACAAACAUACAUGUGCAGACCUGAAAGCUGAUUGUCAGAAUACCUACACCACUAACUUACUUUUGAUUUUUGUUAACAGUUGAAUCAUGUUAAAAUUACGUUUAAUUAUCUGAAAUAUUAACCAAAUUAUUCAAUUUAUUUCACUUAGUUCUAUCAUAAGUACUUUCAUUUCAAAUAUUAUCAGAACAUUUAGCUGAAAUUGUUGAUCUAUUUUAUUAAAAAUGACAAUACAGGGCUGGUAUGGUUACUAGGAAGGCAUUUCUGUUGCCCAUGAUUCACAAGAGUGAUAAGUCAUCAAGCGUUGACAGUCUUUUGCCUCUAUAAAUAUAAAAAAGAAAAUAUGCAUAUAUUUUUUGUAUUUAACUUGAAAUAGAUAUUGAAAGAUCAUCAUUAAAUGUGUUACUGUCAUGUAAGUGGUCCUUGGUAGUAUUUCAUGUUAUAUGUUGUAAAUCAAACUGGUACUUUAGCCUUAUGUACAUAUUCAACAAAAAUAAAAAUAAAACAUUCUUUUUUAUA